AUGAUAAUCGUGUCGCUAUACAGCAUAGCAAGUGAUCUGAUCCUGAUAGCACAAUUUAUUUAUUACAAACUGCAUCAUCAAGCAGUGUUGGCAAUUGUCUCACAUGCCUUGGGCCAUGGCGAAGUGACCCUAGAGGAAAGUGAUCCUCUUCCUAUUCUUGAGAGUGCAACAGCCUCCGAUCGUACUUCGCUGUUGGGUACCGAAGACAUCGCUCGUGCAAACCCAACUUAUACACGAGUACCGGCCUUGUAUUCUACUGUCGGCCUUCUUGCUAUCAGUGCUUGCAGUUUCGCCUCCACAGCUUACCACUUGAUAUCGUCCUCGACUCCAUCGGUUGACUUCGGUAAUUCCCAUUCCCCCACAAGAUCUUCACCUCGAGGGUUUCUUAUCACCGAGCUACCUGAUUCGACUAUCUCCCAUUCCUCACUGCUACCGCAAAUCGGUGCCAAAAUUGGAUAUACUCUGGGAACCAUUUCAUCCGUCAUGUAUAUUUGCUCCAGAUUCCCUCAGAUUUUUCUCAACUGGAAGCGCGGAUCCACGAAAGGUCUGUGCUUGGGAUUAUUCUCCUUGGCUAUUUUUGGAAAUGUUUUAUACGGAUUGCAGAUUUUUCUCGCAUCACUUGAAACAUCGUAUCUGCUUCGAUCACUACCAUGGCUCAUUGGUAGUCUGGGUACAGUAUUUCUCGAUCUCAUUUUACUGGGGUCAACCUUCCGCUGUUCCCCGAUAGACGAUACGGUUUCUGUGCAUUUGCUAUCUCUUUCACUAUAUCAACUGAUAUUUGGGCGUCAUUCCGAUGCGAAUCAAUUUGACUCCCGUUACCAUGCCCAACAGCCAUAA